CCAUCUUGACGCGCUCCUUUUAACGCGUAACAGGUUCCCCUCUCCCCUCACAGAGUCAGGACCGUCCACUCCUUCCACCCCGUCACUCUUUUUGUGCUCCGGCGUUGCUCUCGGUGUCUAUCUUCACCCACCUUCACAACGCCCCUGCCUUCGUCUCUGACUGCUCUUCUUCGUUUCUCACCGAAAUGUUCGCACCUAUCUUCUUCGCUGCUCUCACUGCCGGCUCCGCGCUUGUGCUCGCCGAUCCGGGCCCUACGACCCCCAGCCCCGGUGCUGUCUACAAUGAAGGCGCAAACUGUGAUGUUGCGUGGAAUGCAGACACCUCGGGCGUCUGGAAAACCAUGAACAUUGAGCUCAUGACCGGAAGCAACCUGGCCAUGCAAUUUCUGAAGACUGUGGCAACCGUUGAUGGAACCGAUCCGAACAAAAACAGCUACAGCUACUCGUGUCCCGAAGUUGACCCGAACUCGGCUAUUUACUUCUAUCAAUUUAGCUCGCCGUACUCGGACUCGCUCUACUGGACUGGCCGCUUCGCCAUCGCGGACAAGGACGGCAACACAACCCCGCCAAGCCAGUGGACCGUAUACAGCGGUAACAAUAACGUCACUUGGGGUGUCGGUUCGCUUGUCGGCGAUUCCGAUCCAGGUUCCGCCCCCGCUUACGGUGAAAGCACUGCAGCGGCUCCAUCGGCCUCGUCAGGUGCCUCAGGGCCCGCCUCUACAACGUCAGCUAGCUCUUUCUCUUCCACUCCCGUUAUCUCAUCAUUUACCGUUUCUGCCGUUUCUACCGCUUCCACUGCAUCUACUGUCCCUACUGACUCUACCGCCUCUACCGCCUCUACCGCCUCUACCGCCUCUACCGCCUCUACCAACUCUACCGCUUCCAUUGGCACCACCUCCAGUGCCGUAUCCGACUCGUCCUCGAUCAGCGGGCCACCAGUGGACACUACCGUAAUUGUCUCAGGCCCUGCAGCGACGACCACCCCGGUCACAAUCGUCACCGUCACCCGUAGCUCUGCAAUCGGCACUGGCGUCUCAAGCCCGGUCAACCCCACGGCUGACAGUAACGGUGCUGAUGGUUCCAGUGAUGGUUCUUCUCCGACGGCUGCCGCCAACGCCAGUGCUGCCGCCGCUCUCAAGGUCAACACCUACGUCUUCCGCGCAGCUAUCGCCCUGGGCGCCGCCGCGCUCACCUUCGUCGUAGCGUUCUAACAUACCCGUCUGCUACAAAUUCCCUAACUUAAUUGGCAUGUCACCUUCUCACGACCGCACCCGUGUGUCUGCUCUAACGUUGAUAGAUUCACUGUCCUUAUUGUUGUACUGAUCUUGGCCUUCCGGGUAUGUUUGCCGUACUGUUGAGUUCUUUCGUCACGCAUGGAUCUGUGCAUGUAUUUGAGCUCCCCAAGUCCGUAUUGGCGCUGUUCGCUUGCCUCGCUGUUCAUUUAGCUAAUAUACAAUAUUUAUUUGGUUGUAUACGAAUAGGUGCUUAAAACUUCUGUUUGUCGUCGUUGGGUUCUUGAUCGCUAGUUGACUGGUAGUUCCUAAUACUGACAUGCGUCUGGAGUGG